UAGUCACAUGACGCUUUGUACUUUUCCUUCCUCCCCAGUCAGUCGCAGCAGCAAAAUCGAACAACUCUUUCUGUUUUUGUCGUCCAUCUCUGCCAACAUUAACUCCUCACGACUACAUCCGCCGUUAAAGAGACGUUAAAUCAGGUUUUUAAAAAAGCAGACUGAGUCGGCAGAGUCGCUGCACAUGGAGGUGGAGGGGAUGGAAGAGGACGGACCCUCGUCUCAGAGUGAACUUCCACAAAGUGAAGAUCUCCAAUCAGAACAGCUGGAAUCACAACAACCGGAGAGCUCGGCGCCGGUAGAAAAUGUCUACGUGGAUAAGAAAACAGUGGACAAACUCACAGAGGGAUUACUCUCUCACUACCUACCAGAUCUACAAAACUCUAAACGAGCACUCCAAGAGCUCACACAAAAUCAGCUGAUCUUGUUAGACACACUGGACCAAGAAGUCACUAAGUUCAGAGAAUGUAACACCUUAGUGGACCUCAACUCCCUGUUUACAGAGGCGAAAGUUUACCACAAUAAGCUGGUGAACAUAAGGAAAGAGAUGAUUAUGCUCCAUGAAAAGACGACUAAACUAAAGAAAAGAGCUUUGAAGCUGCAGCAGCAGAAGCAGAAGGAGGCGCUGGAGAAGGAGCAGCAGCGUGAGAAGGAGCAGGAGAGGGAGAGGCAGCUCAUCGCCAAACCUGCCAAAAGAACGUAGGAUCCCCAAGCAUGUCUGCUCUAUUCCAGGACCGCUCAGGUGGUUUUGCAUGUUUUAGGGCGUCGUUCUACGUCAAAUAUACGUCACAGUACAGCUGACCAUUUUCCAAAGUAUUUAGAUUUUAAGAUAUUUUUGACAAAACACAGAAAGAGAAUCAGAUGUUCAGCUGGAGAGGAAAUGAGAUACCAAACAUGAUUAACGAACAGGGCGACUUCUGUUUCCAAUCAGUUAAUUAUUGUAUUUCCAUCUACUUGAACCAUGCUUCAUACGUGUAAUCCUGACUAUUAACAUGUACUUUAAUUAUCUCCCAACCUGUAUUAUUGUUACGUUCUACUGCGGUGCUCAUGGCUGCUUAAAAAUGAUGCACAAUGUCACAGUUUAGGCAAUAUAGAUGUGAUUUUAAUCAGUUAAAACUGGAAUUGUGGUGCUAGAAAUAUAUUUGAGUUCAAGUUAAGCACCUGUUAGGUUCUGAACUUAACACAGCAAGGCUAAUAAGAAGCCUCUAAAAUGCUGAUUAUUCUACAAUCAUUACAUUUGUGCAGUUAGCAUUUACUUCAUAAAGAUAGGUUCAAGUAAAGAACAUGUCUAUUGCCUUUUUAAAAAUUUUUGGAGGACAGUUUCUGCAGCCAUAUAUGUUGUAAGAAACCGUAAAAAAAAAAAAAAAAGGACUGAGAUUGGCUUCAAUCAUAUAUUCAGUUUGUCUUUGUUUCCAGCACAGAAAUGACCUGGAACCACUUGAGUUAGGACAGGGGUGUCGAACUCAUUUCAGUUCAGGUUCCACAUUCAGCCCAAUUUGAUCUCCAGUGGACUGAACCAGUAAAAUCACAGCAUAAUAGCCAUUAAAUAAUGAGAACUUCAAAUUUUUCCUUUGUUUCAGUGCAAAAAAAAAAAAAAAACACAUUCUGAAAAUGUUAGGAAUUCUCUUUUUACAAAACAUUAUGAACAACCUGAAAUUUGUUAAGAAAAAUAAGUUCAAUUUCAAAAACAUUAAGCCUCAAUUUAAUAUUUACACAUUACGAUUUACAGAUCACAGAGUGUCUACAAAGGAACAAAACAUUUAGUCACAGCUAUCUGGAACUGAACAACAUAGUAUUUUCCUUUCUGAUCAAAAUGACAAAAGUCAGACAAAAAACAACAAAAGACAACAAAUCUUUUCAAAAUCGAGACACAAAGCAACAAAAAAAAAAGGAGAAAUGACACAAGUGAGACAAAAAAGACACAAAAUGACAAAAACGAGACAAAAAAUGAAUAAAGCAAAACACAAAAUGACGAAAAUAAGACAAAAAAACAACAAAAACAGACAAAAAAAGACAAAAACAUGACAAAAUAUUACAAAAAUGGGACACAAAACGACAAAAGAACAAUAAGCAAUCUAGUAUUUUACUUUAUGAUCAAGACAACCUGUCAUGGUCUAGAAAUUAUUUUAAAUUUACAGUUUUACUAAUUUACAAUUUGCAAUUGAUGUCUUCUUUGGAAUUUUUACACUUCGAAGGCUGAAUUGGACCCUCUGACGGGCCGCUUUUGGCCCGUGGACCUCAUGUUGGACACCCCUGAGUUAGGAGCUCCAAGUUGUUAUCUGGUGGUCUGACUCCUGUGGUUUCCUCUAUGACAGCUCUCACCUGUCUUUGCACUUAAACUGCAUCAAGAAACAACCUUGAAACAGUAGUUUUUAAUUUGAAAGCAUGAAACAGUCUUUUUAUAAUUACUUAGAAGCUUAAUCUUUGUAAAAAAAAACAAAAAAAAAAAACAAUGCAUUUCAAUCAACAGUUUCCUGCUUUGGAAAAUGGUUGACCCUAGAGACUGUAUAUGUGAUUCUCUGUAAAUGUUCUAAAACCUGUAAAACCUCUGCUUCGAUCCUCUCUGACGUUGCCAAGAUCGCCACAAACCAAAGACAUGGACUAAAUCAUCAAAUGCUGGUACUUCCCACUAUCAACCUUGCAUUCCCCUGCAAACAGAACAAAUAACUUUUGAUCUCCAGGGAGAAUCCGUGCGUUCGCUGUCUUCUGCUAAAGACUCAGUAUUAAUAUAUGUUGUUGUGGGCUUCAGGCCCUGUUAAUGUUGAAUGUUCUAGAGCUGGUACGUCGUUUAAAGUCAAAUAGUUCUGCACUGAGUUUGUCUGACUGUAUUUGUGGGCUCCAGAUAAUAUAUAUAUAUGGAUAAUAUAUGAUAAUGGAUGAUAAAAUGUACCAAAUUUUGCUCCAUACACAGUAUCUAUACAUUAGUUUAACGGACCUUUCAAGAGGCUUCUAUGCACUAGUCACGCCUGGAUCUCCACUGUUAGUACAAUUAAUAAUAAAAGCAACACAAAGUGAUUUGUAGCAGCUUGACUGGCAUUUUAUUUCUUUAUGGCUUGAGUGCAACAUUUUUAUCAGGACCUGUUUUUAUACAUAUAAAGUUCCUCUCUGGUCAAUGAUUAAACUCAUAGAAACUCA